GCACCGCCGCGACGGGGCGGCUGCCCGCCCGCCCGCACAUGCCCCCCUGCGCGCCGCGCCGCCUGCCCGCAGUCCCCCCGCGCCGGUAGUGAGAGGCAGGGGGAAGCGCCCCCUCCUCUCUCUCCCCUCCCCGCCCCGAGCGCGCACCGCUGGCCGGGAGCAACCGCUCCCCCGGCAGCCCCGCCGCCCCCAUGAUGACCGCCAAGGCGGUGGACAAGAUCCCGGUGACCCUCGGCGGGUUUGUGCACCAGCUCCCCGAGGGCAUUUACCCCACGGAUGACAUCUCCGCCGCGCUGCCAACUUCGGUCGCGAUCUUCCCCAAUGCCGACCUGGCAGGGCCGUUUGACCAGAUGAGCGGUGUGGCAGGAGACGGCAUGAUCAACGUGGAUAUGGGCGACAAGCGGACCCUGGACCUGCCCUACGGCGGAGGCUUCGCGCCCAACGCCCCGGCCUCCCGCAACCAGACCUUCACCUACAUGGGCAAAUUCUCCAUUGACCCGCAGUACCCCGGCGCCGGCUGCUACCCCGAGGGCAUCAUCAACAUCGUGAGCGCGGGGAUCCUUCAGGGGGUCAGCACGCCCUCCUCCUCCUCCGCCGCCUCCUCCGCCGCCGCCUCCUCCGCCGCCUCCUCGGCCACCGCUGCCUCCGCCGCCUCCGCCGCCUCCGCUGCCUCCCCCAACCCGCUGGCCGGGGCCCUCGGCUGCACCAUGGCGCAGGGCCAGCCGCCCGACCUGGAACACCUCUAUUCGCCGCCGCCGCCGCCCUACUCGGGCUGCGGCGACCUGUACCCGCAAGACCCCUCCUCAGCCUUCCUGCCGGCCGCCGGUGGCGGGGCGCUGCCUUUCCCCCCGCCGCCCUCCUACCCCUCCCCGAAGGCGGCGGCGGCCGACAGCGGGCUCUUCACCAUGAUCCCCGAGUACGGCGGCUUCUUCCCGCCGCCCCAGUGCCAACGGGAGCUGCACGCCGGCCCCGACCGCAAGCCCUUCCCCUGCCCCCUCGACUCGCUCCGCGUCCCGCCGCCGCUCACGCCGCUCUCCACCAUCCGCAACUUCACGAUGGGGGCGCCCCCGGCGGGCGCCGCCCCCGGCAGUGCUCCCGGCAGCGGCGGGGGCGAGGGCGCGGGCGCCCGGCUGCCCGCCGGCGCCUACAGCCCGCACCACCUGCCGCUGCGGCCCAUCCUGCGGCCCCGCAAGUACCCCAACCGGCCCAGCAAGACACCGGUUCACGAGCGGCCCUACCCCUGCCCCGCCGAGGGCUGCGACCGCCGCUUCUCCCGCUCCGACGAGCUCACUCGGCACAUCCGCAUCCACACGGGCCACAAGCCCUUCCAGUGCCGCAUAUGCAUGCGGAACUUCAGCCGCAGCGACCACCUCACCACCCACAUCCGCACGCACACCGGCGAGAAGCCUUUCGCCUGCGACUUCUGCGGCAGGAAGUUCGCCCGCUCCGACGAGAGGAAGCGGCACACCAAGAUCCACCUGCGCCAGAAGGAGCGGAAAGGAGCCGCCGCCGCCGGCGGGUGCCCGCAGCCUGGCGGCGGGAGCGGCGCUGCCACCCUGGCCCCCUGCGCGGCGCGGACGCGGACGCCCUGAGGGAGCGGGGCGCGCAGGACCGAGCGCUGAGGCGCGGAGCCGCCGAGCCGCCGAGCCGGGGAGCCACAGCCGAGCGCGGCGGGGCGCGGAGCGGAGCCCUGAGGGGCGCGAUCAGCACCCGGCGGCGCCGCGGGCUCCUCCGGACCGGGUCGGGCCGGGCCGGGCCGGGCGGGGCGGCCGGCCGGCGGGUGUACAUAGGGGCUGCGGCGGGAGGAUGGAUGGAUGCAUGCAGUGCCGUCGUGGUGAGGUGUCCUUGGUGCCUUGUGUGGUGUAGAGCCCGGUCCCCUGUCUGCAUGUGGGGGGUGCCUUACCGAUCCGCUCCGACGACAGCGGCGACACCGAGACCGGAAAGUUUGCCCUCCCUGGUUUUAGUAUGGCUGUACAUUUCUGCCUAUUAAUAUUGGGAUUCUUUUUUCUUUUUUUUUUUUUUUUUUUAGAGACUAUAUUUUUGUACGCACUGGUUUAGGGUUUUGGUUUUGGUGACUUAAAAGUGUUACGUUUGUAGUAGGACUUGGGAUGGAUGUAAAUACUCUGGCUGGAACCGACGCCCGUUGUUCGCCGGGUCCGGCGCGCAGCAGGUAACACGAAUGAUGCACAACCACUAACGGAGGCUGGAAGGAGAGAGGAUUUCUUUCCGGCCGCUCUGUAAAUAAACUUUUCGACAAUAGGGUAGGUGCUUACAACGUUUAUAAAAGACAACAAAUAAAUCUCUUAAUUAUGCUAAA